GAAGAACCAGGACCCGGGUUGUUCCUGGACAAGAUGAGGAGGAUCCUGGUCCACGUCUGUAAGGACCGCGCUGCUCCACAGAGAGCUCAGUUUGUCCAGAGCGUAACGGGGCAUUUCGGUCACCAUGGCGACGACGAGGUGGAGGUGAGCUGCUCUUUGGAGAAAAACCAGUUCAUUAUUUCCAGAGCUGACAGAGGACGAGGGACGCCUCUGAAGAGGCCCGUCUUCUGCCCCAUCAAGCACCUGUCAGUGGCGGAGGCAGCUGCGAUCCCAUUGGACGUCCAGCAGCGUGGAGUGGAUGUGGGCGUGGCCAUCAUCCUGCAGACAGCCAAUCAGAGGGUGCUGCUGACGCGGCGGGCGAAGGAGCUACGCAUAUUUCCCAACGUCUGGGUUCCUCCAGGUCUGGCACUCGUCUGUUAGAGG